CCCUCCCUCUUCCCGGCACCGGGUUCAGUCGGCUAUAAGAAGCAGGAGAGCGCGGUGCCCCAGCAACGACGAGGUCCAGCACCAUGGAGAGCUCCCGCCUGCGGCUGCUGCCCCUCCUGGGCGCCGCCCUGCUGCUAUUGCUACCUUUGCUGGGUGUCCGUGCCCAGGAGGAUGCCGAGCUGCAGCCCCGAGCCCUGGACAUCUACUCUGCCGUGGAGGAUGCGUCCCAUGAAAAGGAACUGAUUGAAGCGCUGCAGGAAGUCCUGAAGAAGCUCAAGAGUAAACGCAUUCCGAUCUAUGAGAAGAAGUACGGCCAAGUCCCCAUGUGUGACGCCGGAGAGCAGUGCGCAGUGCGGAAAGGGGCCAGGAUCGGAAAGGUGUGUGACUGUCCCCGAGGAACUUCCUGCAACUCCUUCCUCUUGAAGUGCUUAUGAAGGGUCGGCAACCUCCACCUUAAGUUCCCACACUCCUUCUUUUCCCCAAAGGAGCACUCCUUUAUCCCUGGAGCCUGGCUUUAGCAACAAUAAAGUUUGCAUCCCCCUCCGAGGGUGAAUGGGCUCUUUCUCAGCUGUUUCAAAAUAAAAGAACGCAUUUGAUGCUAC